GAGUCCACAUCUUUCUGUAUAUAUAUAGAUGUAGAUGUACCAUCUACUGCAGCUACAAUUCUUCUUCAUCGAUGGCAGAGCUGGAAAACCCAAAUUUCAUGUCAAAACUCAUCACCUUCCUCUCCUCUAUACUCCAGAGAGUGGCUGAGUCCAAUGACCUCAAUAGAAGAUUUCUACCGCAGAAGAUUUCAGUCUUCCAUGGCCUCACCCGCCCCAAUAUCUCAAUUCAAAGCUACCUAGAGAGGAUUUUCAACUACGCCAAUUGUAGCCCUUCUUGCUAUGUGGUUGCAUACAUUUACCUUGAUCGGUUCGUGCAGAAGCAGCCAUCGUUGCCGAUCAACUCGUAUAAUGUUCAUCGCUUGCUCAUUACUGGUGUCAUGGUUGCUGCCAAGUUCAUGGAUGACAUGUAUUACAACAAUGCUUACUAUGCAAAAGUUGGAGGAAUAAGCACAAGAGAGAUGAAUUUUCUUGAGGUGGAUUUCCUGUUUGGUUUGGCCUUUGACCUGAAUGUGACACCCACCACAUUUCACACCUACUGUUGCUGCCUCCAAAGAGAGAUGUUGCUGCAAUCUCCUCUAAGCUUACCAGACCACCAUUCAUCUUUGAACUUAGCAAGAUCAUCCAAGCUGCAUUUGCAUUUCAAUGAAGAUGAGCCCUCCCAUCACAAGCAACAACUUGCUGCUUGAUUCAAGCUUCAAUGAUUAAACCCCUCUUGACUUUGUGUAAACCACCUUAGCUUGUUGAUUUUUCUUUUUUCCUAGAUUUUUUUCAGUAAUAUUAUAUUUUUCAAUUCGGUAAAACAUAAUACAUAAAUCUUUUAAUUUUCACAAA